AUGGCGAAACGCGGUCCAGACGACGCGCGCGUCCAGUCGACAUGUGCUCCGGACGACAUUGGCGAGCUGCGCAAGUACAUUGUGGAGAUGAUGCGGGUCGAGAUGGAACUCCUGGAGACCAUCAAGUCCAAAGAGCACAGCGUGACGGGUACAAACGCUCGCAUCAAAAACGUCAAAGAGUUGAUCACGCAAGAGUACAGACGGUAUAAGACGUUGAUACACGACUUGGAAGACGACGCCAAGGAGCUCGGGAAACUCGAGGAAAAGCGAAUCGGUGCACAGGAAAAGCAUCGACGAUUUCGAGAUGCUGUGGCCCAACAGGAGCGUGACGUGCACGGACUUCGCGAUCGAUUUCAGCACCAGCGCGCGGCGAUGCUCAGCUUGAGAUGUCAGCUUCUGAACGCAACAACUCGGUUGGAAGCGCUUUCGUCAAUGGACGAUUCGGUGGAGAGAGAGACCCGUAGCGUCACUACCGCCAUAAACGAGUGGUCCGAGCCGAUAUCGCAACGCGCUGCUCGCCAGAAGAUAUGCGUCGAGCUCAAACAGACUCAACAGGUUACCACGCAAAUGCAGUACGAGACCAGUGCGCUUGUUGAAAAGCGGACACAGAUCGAAGCCGAAUUGUCGGCACGUGGGCUUGAGGCUCACAAUCUGCGCGAGCGCAUCGUUGUCAAGGAAAACGAAGCUGAAGCGUUGAUGGAGCGUCUACGUAAAAACACUCGUUGUGUCAUCCAAGAGACUGAUAAGAUCACGGGCAAGCUGAAGACAAAGCGCCGGAAAUAUCGAGCAAAAGUCAAGAACGAGAUAAGCUCGUUAAAGCGCAGAAUCUCCUUCAUCACUUCAGAGCUCGAAAAGUGUCAGAUGACGAACGAAGACAUGCUGUCACACAUUGGCGCUGUUGGUGCCAAGCGUGAAGAGCUGGAAACAAGGCUAAGCGCUCGUGAUCAACAGUUGGCUGCUGAAGAGAGCGUCAUUGCUGAGCUAUCGACAGCACUUGCUACCGCUACCAGUGUCAAAGCCGAACUGGACACAAAGUGCCUUCAGGAAAAGCUGGCUGCGAAGCAAAGGGCAGUUGAGGCUGCUCAGAGAAAACUGCAUGAGAAACAAAAUCUGCUUAAGAUGCUGGAAGAAGACCAAACUCAAGUUAACGCAACUCUGGAGAGCAUUGAUGCACAAAUCUUAGGGGCAAAGGAUGCUGCUGUAGCGCUGGACGGUAAAAUAUCCGCGUUAGCGAAAGAUCUUGACGUGCGAGAGAUGAAGCGCCAAAGCUUAAGUGCAUCGGUGAAAAAGGCGGAAAAGCAAAACGAAGAUCUGCAAGCCCAAAUUCAAGAACGCCAACGCGUAAACAAGAGCAUUGCCAAAAAGCAGGCAAGUCUUCGUCGACAGAAGGCCUCAUUGCUCAAGCAAAAGCACGAACGGACGUCAGAGCUUCGUCAAGCUGAGAACUUGCGCCGUGUCUUGGCAGAAGGGAUCAAGUACGGAACACAACACGUUCGAGAGCUUAGCACAGCCAACACGCACGACGACGACCAGCACAGAGGCAUUGCAGUGGAGCUUCGUCGCCAAGAGCUUCUAUUGCAGGAACAGUGGGCUCAAGAAGAGCGCGAGCUGCAAGCAAAGGUCAUGGCUUGGGACGAUAAGAUCAAACGAGUGGAGCAAGAACUUUGCAUCGAAGUGUAA